AUGCGCGCCGCCCUGUUCGCGUGCGGACGCGCCGUCGUCGCGCCCCGGUCGCUCGCGCGCGCCGCCUCGAGGUCACACGCGAUCGUCGGUCGUCCACGCGUGGUCCACGCGCGCGCGAUGAGCGGUGGGGCCCAGCGCGCGCGCGACGGUGACGCGGUGAAGAUACACUACGUCGGAACUUUGGAAGACGGCUCGCAGUUUGACUCGAGCCGCGACCGCGGGGAACCGAUCGCGUUCACGGUGGGGAGCGGACAAAUGAUCAAGGGCUUCGAUAACGGCGUGCGAGACAUGGCGGUGGGUGAUCGUAAGACGAUCGAGUGCGCGCCGGCGGAGGCGUACGGGGAAAUUCGACCGGAGAAUAUCCUGCGCGUGCCCAAGGGAGACGUCGUGGACGCGGUCGGUGAGGAUUACAUCAAGGUUGGAGAAAAGUUGAUGGUUGGACAAGGCAUGCCGGCGACCAUCGUGGAGGUGACGGAUAGCGAGGUCGCGCUCGACGCCAACCACCCGUUGGCGGGUAAGACGCUGAAUUUUGACAUUGAGUUGAUGUCCCUCGACCGCGUCGACGUGAAGCACAACUCCAAGUUCAAGUGCUUCUUCGACAUCACCAUCGGCGGCGAGGCGGCGGGACGCAUCGUCAUGGAGAUUCGCGGCGACGUCACGCCGAAGACUGGGGAAAACUUCCGUCAGCUUUGCACGGGUGAGGCUGGUUUCGGUUACAAGGACUCUCCGUUCCACCGCGUCAUCCCGGGCUUCAUGUGUCAGGGCGGUGACUUCACCAACCGCAACGGCACCGGCGGCAAGUCCAUCUUUGGCAACAAGUUUGAGGAUGAAAACUUCACGCUCAAGCACACCGGUCCGGGCAUCUUGUCCAUGGCGAACGCGGGCCCGAACACGAACGGUUCUCAGUUCUUCUUGUGCACCGCCGAGACCGCGUGGUUGGACGGCAAGCACUGCGUCUUUGGCUCUGUUGUCGAGGGCAUGGAUGUCGUGCAAAAGGUCGAAGCCGUCGGCUCUCAAAGCGGCAAGACGAGCGCUGAAGUGCUCAUCGCGGACUGCGGUGAGCUCUAA